UUUUUUUAAUUAUUAUUAUUGUUGUUGCUUUUGCUUAAUUGUUAGCCUCGUGUUUCUUAAUUAUUUGGUAUAUCUAUUAUCUAUAUCUAUUUCUACAUAAUAUAUAAAUAUGUGUGACGCUAUUGUCGAAUUCGUGUUUGACGACAGUUUGUACGAUAAUUAUUGGGACUUCUCGAACUUUGGUUUUGUUUGUGGAACCUGGGUGUGCUUUGCCCCAGAUUGAAAAUAAUCCAGUUUGAACUUUUGGGUUGUUGGAAUUUGACAAAAUUUCGUCUGGGUAAUAUUUGGUUGGUCCGAAAGUUUCUCUUUUGAUCCCUGCAUGUGUUGUUUCAGGGGACGAGGUUAGGAAACUUUCAUAAGAAUUAGGUGUUUUUUUUUCUUUUCUUUUCUCUUUGGCUAUUCUGAGCUUUAAGGCCAAAAACUCUAUUCUAUUUCUUCAGUUUUUUCCUUUUUAAACUAGUUAAUUGCAUCAAGCGUGUUUCACAUUUGGGUUGAAGGUUUACAUAUUUUAUUAUGCACUUUGAUUUGGAAGUUUUAUAUUGAAUUUUCUUUGUGUAUUGUUUUGUUUAGUUAUGUUUGUGUUCGUGGUAAUGUCUGACUGAGUCCAUUGUACUCUCAUAUGCAUCACGUGGUGUUUGUAUAUUAGCAUAGCCUCUAUAAACUAAUGCAAGUUGGAGCCACUUGGUCUGCAAUUUUGAUCACUUACUACGUUAUCUCUAAGUUACUCUACCAUAACUGCAAGUAUCAGAAGAUUCAAGGCAGUGCUCCAAGAAUGAAUCAACACCCCAAAGUUAAGCGUAAAGUUGGUAAAUAUGAGUUGGGGAGGACAAUCGGAGAGGGGACGUUUGCAAAAGUGAAGUUUGCAAGAAAUUCUGAGACAGGAGAGUUUGUGGCUAUUAAGAUUAUUGAUAAGGAGAAAGUUCUCAAGCACAAAAUGGCUGAACAGAUCAAGCGAGAAGUAGCAACAAUGAAGUUAGUAAAGCAUCCAAAUGUUGUUCGGUUAUAUGAGGUGAUGGGAAGCAAAACAAAGAUUUUUAUUGUUUUGGAAUAUGUUACUGGAGGAGAGCUUUUUGACAAAAUUGUAAACCAUGGGAGGAUGAGAGAGGAUGAAGCACGUGGAUAUUUCCAACAGCUAAUCAAUACAGUUGAUUAUUGUCAUAGCCGGGGUGUUUUUCACAGAGACUUGAAGCCAGAAAAUUUAUUGUUGGAUGCGCAUGGAAAUCUUAAAGUUUCAGAUUUUGGAUUGAGUGCACUAUCUCAACAAGUCAGGGAUGAUGGCCUUCUUCACACAACUUGUGGAACUCCAAAUUAUGUUGCUCCUGAGGUCCUUAACGAUAAAGGCUAUGACGGUGCAACAGCAGACUUGUGGUCUUGUGGAGUGAUACUAUUUGUAUUACUUGCAGGUUACUUGCCUUUUGAUGACUCUAAUCUUAUGGUCCUGUAUAAAAAAGUGAAUUUUAUGAUUUUUAUGAUGCAGCCUCUACAGUUCUUCAUCUUCAGUUGUUACAUUUUGUUUCUUCUUCAUUUGCAGAUCUCAUCUGCUGAAUUUACUUGCCCCCCUUGGCUAUCUUUCAGUGCCAUGAAAUUGAUAGCUCGAAUCUUGGAUCCCAAUCCUAUGACUCGUAUUACUAUACCGGAAAUAUUGGAAGAUGAAUGGUUUAAGAAGGAUUACAAGCCUCCAGUGUUUGAUGAGAAAGAAGAUACAAACUUAGAUGAUGUAGAAGCCGUGUUUAAGGAUUCAGAAGAGCACCAUGUGAUGGAGAAGAGGGAAGAACAACCAGCAGCUAUGAACGCUUUUGAUCUAAUUUCUAUGUCUAAGGGACUAAAUCUUGGCAACUUGUUUGAUGUUGAACAGGGCUUUAAGAAAGAGACAAGAUUCACAUCCAGAUGCCCCGCCAAUGAAAUCAUUCAUAAAAUCGAAGAAGCCGCAAAGCCUCUUGGGUUUGAUGUACACAAGAAAAACUACAAGUUGAGACUUGAAAAUAUGACAGCCGGAAGAAAGGGAAAUCUUAAUGUUGCAACAGAGAUAUUCCAAGUUGCGCCAUCGCUUCACAUGGUUCAAGUUCGAAAAGCGAAAGGAGACACCUUAGAAUUUCAUAAGUUCUAUAAAAACCUCUCAACUUCCUUGGAAGAUAUUGUUUGGAAAACUGAGGAAGACAUGCAAUCAACGAAGUAACAAAUUGUGUCCAUCCUGAAGAGUGAUGACCGAUCCUUUUUGUUUUUGGUAUCUUUGGAAUCAAGCUACAUGAACAGCUCCCGACAAAAAAAGCUACAAGAACAGCUGUUUCUCUUCUCCCAUUGUUCUAUAUGUUCAUUCGUUUUCUUUUUUAUUUUUAUUGUUUCCCUUUUUUUUCCCUCUUUUCUUGUCAUAUCAAUGGACAGACAGAGAUGGCUUAGCUGUCACCAAAUGUUUUCCCAUGUUAUUAUAGUUGGAAAACAUGGAUAUGAUUCAUACCCCAAGUGGAAAUGUUUGUGUUCAUAUUCAUCCUUAAACUUAUUAGUUACGAGAGAUCUACAAUUUUGUAGA